AUGUCCGCUCAAUCCUCCGCCAUGAACGGUGCAAACACGCCUGCUGCGAGCCAGCCAAACCCGAGCUCCUCGAAACAGCAAUUCAAGACAAAUUCGCUCGGAAAGUCGUUGGACGGUUCUCGCAAGCAGCUCGCAAGCCCCGUGGAUCCCGCUUCGAGGAAAUCGCCCGUUUCCAAGGCAUGGUCCCAGGGCACUAACCCCAUCACACAACGCUCCAAUGCGUCCACGCCUGCUCCCAACGGCCUAGCGAACGGCACCUCCAGACCCUCGCAACCCAAACCCCAACAAGAGAAUGGCACAACAGGCAAGCAUGCUUCAGACAGGCUUCUGUUCUUGCUUGCAAACUACACCGGCAUGGAAGUUGCUAUCUUCCUCAAGAAUGGAGAUCAGGUUACCGGUGUCUUCUCUACUGCUUCCAUCGAAUCUGCCGAUCCUCGUGUCACUCUCAGAUUCGCCAAGAAGACGAGCCAGCAAAUUAACGGCACCACUGAUCACUCCGACGAGUACGUUGGAGAGGGACAAGAUCACGUCAUGACCUUCGGCCUGCAAGAUAUCGUGGACCUUUCGGUCAGUAAUCUAUACCUGGCCGCUUCCGAAACAAGGGUCCAACAAGCCAAUGCUCCUUCCUUCCGCACCGACGUCGAGAUCUCUGGCAACCUCAACAUCCGCGAGCGUGAGCUCCAGCGCUGGCAGCCCAGCGCAGAUACCGCCAUCGACAUGUCGCUCGAAGACAACUCACGCCCAGGAGAGUGGGAUCAGUUCGCUGCCAACGAAGCUCUCUACAACGUCAGAAGCGACUACGACGAGAACAUUUACACCACGACCAUCGACAGAUCCGACCCAGAUUACAGACGCAGAGCAGCCGAGGCCGAUAGAAUCGCUGAUGAGAUCAACCGUAGUGCUCCUGUGAACUCCCAUGUCGCUGAGGAGCGCCGUAUGAAUGCCGAGAAGGAUGGUGGCCUCGACGAGGAAGAGAAAUACAGUGGUGUCCGUCGCGAGACUAACAUUACCUCGCUCCUCAAGCAAGGUGCACCCAACGCUUAUGUUCCGCCAUCAAGAAGACCAAUUACAAGUCAGCCCACCGUGCCAGGAGCUCCCUUCGACCCAGCCAUUGUCUCGGUCGCACGUCCUAGCCCACCACAGGUCACCAAUUCGGACAGUCAAGCUGCCUCGUCCAAGCAACAAGAGCAGAAAUUGCAGGGACCGACCGAAAUCCCAGAAGCAGCACCCGCUCCUUCGUUGCCCACCGUGACAGCUUCCGCUGCAGAAGCAUCAGACAUUGCUGUCAAGCCCGCUCAGGCUGCUGCCGCUGCUGCAACACCUGCCUCAAAACCGAUACCCUCGAUCAACGCUGGCAAAGGUGCUACCGAAGGUGUCGAGCGCAAGGUGUUGGACUCGUUCAAGCAAUUCUCUAACAAUGAGAAGCUUCGCGUCCAGCAACAUCAACGUGUUGUGCAAGAGCGUCAACGCGCUAGUGCUCGUCAAGAAAAGUCCGUCAAGUUGAACGACCUCAAGAAGUUUGCCGAAAACUUCAAGCUCUACUCUCGCGUGCCCGAAGAUCUUGUGCCUAUUCUAGCCAAAACGAAGGAGAAGCAGAACUUGAUCGUCACAAAGGCUGAGUUGCAGGCGCGAGAGAAGGAGUCAAAGGUUACCUCCGCUGAAGCCAGCCCUGCUCGUGUCGCACCUCCGAAGCCUGAAGCCCCUUCGUCUGAGACUGUCCAAGCACCGCAAGCAAGUCAACCUGCGAAGCGUGCCGAAGCCGCGAACGAACCCGGCUCUCCGUUGAGUCAAAGACAGCGCAUGGCUCAGGGUAUGCGCCAGAAUCAACCCAUGCCCUCACGUGGACCUAACCUGUCUCAUGGCGGUCCACCAAGACAGACUCAGCAGUACAGAGCUCCUAUGGCCAACAUGCAGAUUCCCGCUCCCAUUCCUCCACCCGAGAUUCGUUCUCCCCCCACUGGUCCUGCCUCUCGCGACAUUGUCAGCCCCACAACUGCUUCCGCCAGACUGAACGUCAAGGCCAUCGAGUUCAGGCCCAAUCCUUCAGCAAGCACUUUCACCCCCACAUCGCCCACCAAGACAAGCCCUCAGCCUACUGCCAAGCGUCCCAGCAUCUCUGCUUCGUCGCCCGCCAAAUUCUUCGCUCGUAAGAGUGAGAAGCCCUUGUCUGAACGUACUCCUCUGAAAGAUGCUUUCAACCCCGUCAAGUACAUGCUGGAGACUACUGCGGCUGAGGGUAAGACCGAAACAUUUGCCCCCAACGGAGGCAUCCCCCAGCCUUUCCGUACUCCGCCAACAUGGGAAGUCGCCGAUGCCAACAAAGAAAAGACAUACCGUGACAUGUUUGCACAGAGUCCAGUCGUUGUUAUCCCACAGAUGCACACUCCUUCCAACAGUGUCAUGGCCCACUCUCAUCAACUCCCUCCUCAUCUGCAAAACGGCCCUCCCGCUAACCACACUCCUCGCUUCUAUCCUCCUCAACCUCAUCACCCUGGUCAACAUUACGACGAACACCGCAUGCAGUAUGGUUCGAACACUCCUUCUGUUCAGCCAUCUCCUCGCCUGCCUCAUGCGAUGGCUUAUGGCCCACCAAUGCACCCCCAGAUGCAGCACUUCCCUGGUAUGCCUCCCUACGGUAUGAUGCGACCUCAGCAAUUUGGUAGUCCGCAGGGUCCUCCCAUGGGUGGUCACAUGAUGGUUCAGCAAUCGUCUAAUGGACCAUUCAUGAAUGGAGCAAUGGCUCAGCAGGUGCCCAUGUACGCCUCACCAGUUCCUGGUCAUGUGCAGCCUCACUUCCCUGGCCACCCUGCUGCUCAGCCCGGUCCCGGGUUCGGACGGGGACAUCCCAUGAGCCAACAGGGCUCCCAGCAAGGACACCCUGGCCAGAUGUACAUGCAAAUGCCACCCGCCGGACCCAUGAUGAUGCAGCAGCAGCAGCAGCACCCAGGACAGAUGCAGCAGAUGAGGAACUUCCCCCAGGGUCAAUACCCAGGUGGUCCGCAGGGUCAGCACGGCUACCCCAUGCAGCACCGUGCCAUGUCGAACCAGGGAUAUAACCACAACCAGAUGACUCCGCGUCAACACCACGCUGCGCCUCACCAAGGACCCAGCCCUGGCGUGCCGUCAGUGCAUCCUGCUGGUCCAGGAGAUGAGGGAAAAUGA